AUGUUAAAAUUUCCAUUUGCAGAGCUGGAGAGUCUGCAGAUGAAUGAUUUUUGUGGCAAAGACAAAAUGAUGUUUGAUCCAAUAGCUGCUGAUUAUGACAAUGCCUUCAAUAGCUUCCUCUUUGCAACAGCUGGUGUGGCAAUCAUUUUUUCCUAUAUUGGUGUAAUGAUAGCAGCCAGGUCGGCCUCCACAGACAAAGCUUCAGCCCGUAAGGCUCGUAACACACUGCUGCUGCAUCUGGUGCAGCUGGGCCUCUGUCUCUCCUCAACUCUGUACAAUCUCUUGCUUUUUUCUAUCUCUGUAAACCUAGACAGGAUCAUAUUUGUGCGCAUUCAGGUUGUUAUUUAUGUUUGUACUAUCAUGUUUCCCAGAUGUCUGAGUGCUCUCAUCUAUGGUCUCAGAGACCAGACAAUCAGACCCGUCCUCAUGUACAAUCUAUGCUGUCAGAGAUUCUCACCUUUGCGUUCAGUCGUCCAAACCAAAGCUAAAAUCAGCAAACUUGUCACUUAA